AUGAAGUUUGCAGCAAUGCUGUCGCUCCUGUCCGCCACGGCAGCGCUCGUGCUCGCAGCUCCCGUCGCAGGCGGUGUCUCCAAGAGAGAUGGCGCGACCGAGUUCGACGCCGACUUGUGCCCCGUCAAGCGCGGAAUCAACGGCAUUGGGCCUAAAGGCUGCGUGAACAAGGCGCGUGAUGUAGCUCUAGUCUUGUCGUAG